AACAAAAAGCCGGUGCCACACGGAGCGACGAUCGCAAUGCGCAGGUGCCGAUCGAAGUAGUGUCAGCCGCCGCCGGACGCAAUUCGGAGAUCGUAUCGCCAUCUGGUUAGCGAGGCGGCAGUCAGUCCUGGCAAAAUGGCGCUCAAGGCACAAGUCGGUCAUAAGAUUAUGAACGAGGUGAUCAAGCAGAAGAAGAAGACAACAGGUGGGGUAGAAUGGCGGAUUCUGGUGGUGGAUCAGCUCGCGAUGAGAAUGGUGUCGGCGUGCUGCAAGAUGCACGACAUCAGCGCCCAGGGUAUCACCCUGGUUGAGGAUAUCAACAAGAAGCGCGAGCCUCUGCCGACGAUGGAGGCGAUCUAUCUCAUCACGCCGUGCAACUCAUCGGUGCAGAAGCUGAUCGACGAUUUCAGUAAUCCGACGAGGACCACCUACAAGAUCGCCCACGUAUACUUCACCGAAGUAUGCCCGGAGGAGCUGUUCAAUGAAAUCUGCAAGUCUCUCGCCGCUAAAAAGAUCAAAACCCUCAAAGAGAUCAACAUCGCAUUCCUGCCGUACGAAUCGCAGGUCUUUUCGUUGGAUUCGCGCGAAACUUUCGCCUGCUUUUACAACCCAUCUUUCUUCAACCUGAGACCAGCUAACAUGGAGCGCAUCGCCGAACAGAUUGCAACACUCUGCGCUACUCUGGGAGAAUAUCCAUCAGUCAGAUAUCGAAGUGAUUUCGACCGCAAUGUUGAGUUGGCCCAACUGGUGCAGCAAAAACUGGACGCGUACAAGGCUGAUGAGCCGACUAUGGGAGAAGGUCCUGAGAAAGCACGUUCCCAACUACUGAUCUUAGAUAGAGGAUUCGACUGCGUUUCACCUUUGCUGCACGAACUCACGCUACAGGCCAUGGCAUACGAUUUGUUGGAUAUUGACAAUGAUGUCUACAGGUUUGAGACAUCAGGGCAAGAGAAAGAAGUACUGCUGGACGAGAACGAUGACUUGUGGCUGGAGCUUAGGCAUCAACAUAUCGCCGUGGUGUCUCAGAACGUGACUAAAAACUUAAAGAAGUUUACAGAAUCAAAAAGAAUGCCACAGGGUGACAAGGCAGGGCAGAGUAUGCGAGACCUGUCACAGAUGAUCAAAAAGAUGCCACAGUAUCAAAAAGAAUUGAGCAAAUACGCCACGCAUUUGCAUUUGGCUGAGGACUGCAUGAAGCGUUAUCAAGGAAAUGUAGAUAAACUCUGUAAAGUAGAGCAAGAUCUGGCUAUGGGAACAGAUGCAGAAGGCGAGCGCAUCAAGGACCACAUGAGAAACAUUACACCGAUUCUCCUCGAUCAGACAGUAAACCAUCUGGACAAGUUGCGUAUUAUCGCUCUGUACGUGAUCAGUAAAAACGGCAUCACCGAUGAGAAUCUGAACCGGCUGGUCCAUCAUGCCCAAGUAUCCGUCGAUGACAAACAGACCAUCGUUAACAUGGCGAAUCUCGGCAUCAACGUUGUCGUAGACGGCAAUCGCAAAAAACUGUAUACGGUACAACGUAAAGAGAGAAUCACAGAGCAGACUUAUCAGAUGAGUCGUUGGACGCCGAUUAUCAAGGACGUCAUGGAGGACUCCAUUGAAGAUAAACUUGAUUCCAAACACUUUCCAUUCCUCGCCGGACGCGCUGCCAGUUCAGGAUAUCACGCACCAACUAGCGCACGAUAUGGUCAUUGGCACAAAGACAAGGGCCAACAGACCAUCAAGAACGUUCCCCGCUUAAUCGUCUUUAUAGUCGGCGGAGUAUGCUUCUCUGAGAUACGAUGUGCUUACGAGGUGACAAACGCAUUGAAAAACUGGGAGGUCAUAAUUGGCUCGUCCCACAUAAUUACGCCAAAAUCGUUCAUGAACGACCUGAGCAAGGUACACGUCUAAGCUGCUGCAUAGACCGAGGAACAGACGACAUUCCCGCACUCGUAAUCUGCCAUUAGCUUUGACUUCAUCAGUAAUACCAGCUAUGAAAUCAUCAUUGAUCUCAAAUACGAAAUUAGAACAUAAACUGAGCAAACGAACGCAGUGUCAAUUCUUCAAACGAGAGAGUGCCUCGUUCUGAGCGGAAACGCAUGAGAGAUAUAUCCUUGACGUAAUGCAACUAUCAGUCUGCUAAUAAUGAAAGUAUUCGUGUAUCAAUCAAGCACGAGGGAUCUUGAUCUUGAGAAGUUAUCUAGAAUCAAGUGCCUGCGCGAAUACGUAGUUACUGGAGAUUGUAUGAGACACGUUGGCAAUACUGAUGCAUGUCACGCGAAAGGGGUGUAACGGUACAACGGGCUCGCUAUCGAGCUUCCGACGGAAUUCUAGAGAAACAUUCAUUCGCGCGAUGCACCACUCUUUAUCGGUAAUAAGGGAGGCAACUCGCGCGAAGGAAUUUCUGUAUCGUAGAGAAAGAUCGUGAUAUUCGUGUACAUUUCUCGUUAUUAUUAGCGUUAUUUCAUUACCCUCCGUUAUCGUUGAGAGGCUCACCGACCACUAUAGAUCCGAGUUGGCAUUUGAGAAACGUAGCCCGUUCUCCGGCUUACCGCAGUGAUCCGAAGUAAUCGAUUCUGUCACGAUUGAGAACAUCGAAAGACUUUAGUGCCGGCACGGUAACGACGAUACGAAUGCCACGUUAUUUAUUCGAUAAUAUUAUUUUCUUGAACAUAUAAUAGUUAGUGACACCACGCUGGAUGUAAAAUAAAGCCGCUAGAUGUACGAACCCGA